AUGGCGCUGUCGCUGGCCGGCGAGCCGGGCCCCAAGGACGCCGGAGAGGCGCUGCGGCUCAGCCCCGGCAGCCUCGCUGCUUACUACCCCGCUUUCCUGCCCCCCGGCCAGUACUUCGAGGCGGCCCCCGACCUCUUCCACCCUCUCAAGCCCCUGGGCGGGCUCGUGCCCGCCUCGCCGCCCCUGCCCCCCUCCAGCUUCAGCAGGGUCCCCGCUUUCCUGAGCCAGCCGCCGGGGCUGCCCGAGCCCUUCCCCGCCUUCCCGCUGCCCCUCUACAGCAAGCCGCCGGCCCCGGCCCCCCUGCCCGCCCCGGCGGGGUCGCCCCCGCAGCCCUGCCCCAGCACGCCGCGCGGGGGGGGCCGGAGCCCGGGGGCCGCCGGGCCGGCGGCGCCGAGCCGCAGGUACCACUUCACCGAGGAGCAGCUCAACGCGGUGCUGUACGGGGCGCUCCGCAGCAGCCAGCUGGCCGGCGGCCUGCACGCCCUCUCGGGGCUGCGCGUGCCCCCCGCCAGCCCGGGUAAGGGGUCCCGGAGCGGGCCGCGCCCCCGGGGCCGAGGGGGCAGGGGGCGGGGGCUGCCGCCUCCCGGCUCGCGGGCCGGGCUGAGCGCGCUGCUCUUCCGCAGGUGCGGACUCGCCCCCCGCGCCGCCGCUCGACGGGGACUCGCUGCAGCUGCCCGAAGGUAGGGGCGCCCGGGCGCUGCCCCCGCGCCGCGGCGGCGCCGGGCCGCGCUCAGCCCUGCUCCCCCCACAGGGCUGGCGGUGCUGCGGGCGGCCUGCGGAGACGUCUCCCAGCUCGGAGUCUUCUGCACGGAUCCCAUCCCCAAAGGAGUCCGCUUCGGCCCUUUCCAAGGCAAAGUGGUCAACACCAGCGAGAUCAAGACGUACGAUGACAACUCCUUGAUGUGGGAGAUCUUCGAAUACGGGCACCUGAGCCACUUCAUAGACGGGAAGGGAGCCGCUGGCAACUGGAUGUCCCUGGUAAAUUGUGCCAGGUUCCCCGAGGAGCAGAAUUUGACAGCUAUCCAGUGCCAGGGGCAAAUCUUCUACGAAAGCUGCAAAGAAAUCUUGCCGAAGCAGGAGCUGCUGGUGUGGUAUGGGGACUGUUAUGUGCAGUUUUUGGGCAUCCCCAUCAGCCUGAAGGGCAUGCCAGAAGGGAAGAGACCCCAGCAGCAGGCUGAAGAAGCUGGGGAGAGCUAUAAAUGUGAGAGAUGCGGCAAGGUUUUUGCCUACAAGUAUUACCGGGACAAACACCUGAAGUACACUCGCUGCGUGGACCAGGGGGACAGGAAAUUUCCUUGCCACCUUUGUAACCGAUCCUUUGAGAAACGAGACAGGCUGAGAAUCCAUAUUCUCCACGUCCAUGAAAAGCACAGACCUCACAAGUGCUCAGUGUGUGGGAAGAGCUUUUCUCAGUCCUCCAGUCUGAACAAGCACAUGAGGGUUCACUCCGGAGAGCGCCCCUACAAAUGUGUGUACUGCAACAAGGCAUUCACAGCAUCGAGCAUCCUGCGCACUCACAUCCGCCAGCACUCGGGAGAGAAGCCCUUCAAGUGCAAACACUGCGGCAAAGCCUUCGCCUCACACGCGGCCCACGACAGCCAUGUCAGGCGCACGCACAGCAAGGACAAGGGCUGCGCUUGCUCCGUGUGCGGCCAGCACUUCCCGGAGCAGGAGGAGUUGCACUUCCACAUGCAGUUUCACACUGCUCGUUAG